AUGGCCCAGAUGCGGACUGAAGUCAGCUCUGCCAAUAGUGCAACAGUCUCUAUCGAAUUCCAAAUGGCUGAACGUAUGCAAGAACUACGAAGCAAACUUCCGGCUGUAUUAGAGCAGCAGGAGGAUAUCCUAGCUUUAGGUUUACCUGCACCAAAAGACCAUUCGCAGCAGGAUAGAAUGAACGUCCGAAUUGAUCUCGGCUUCAAUCUGCGCCGUUUUGCUAACAGCGCUGCGGCAUCACUGAGCUCAAGCCAUCCGCCGCAAACACCUAGCUUUCAAGUCAGCUCAUUCGAGAUCAUCGAUAGCACGCAAGCGUCAACUUAUGACACUGCAUUGUCAAGAAGAGAUGACACACCUCUAGCCAGCAUUGCCUGCGGCUCAAUUCAAAUAUUUGUGCGCAAUGCUGGCAACUCGAAAACUCUCGCCUGCUUAGUCGAUCCUGAUUCGACUGUUGAACAGCUGAAAGACCAAGUUCGGAAGAGGAUUGGACUUUCGCAGUCGCAAUUCAGUUUUGUGCACUCAGGAAAGCUUAUACCACGGGGUAGCGAGAAAACGCUCAGAGAGUGCGGUGUGUCCAAGGAUGACACCUUUACCUGUGUUUCCUUCCUUGCCGUUCCACUGCCGCCACCGGCACCACCCCUCCCAAUGAUCAAAAUCAUCGUGAAAAUGCUGAAUGGCAGGAAUUACACAAUACGCGUCCGUUCAACUGAGAGCAUAUGGGCGCUCAAAGUCGAAUGUGCCAAGCAGAUGGCCAAAAGCAGAACGUACUUUCGCCCCAAGAUACUUCCAAGCGCUCAUGACAUAGAAUUUGUUUACAAGGGUAUUGUGCUUGAAGAUGACAGCUCUGUUUCCAAUCCUCGAUUCAUCACGAAUGGGGAAGACCUUGUCAUUUGGGCACUCAUUAGCCUAGACGCUGAACGGCCCAACCUGGAAAAGCUGAAUGCUUUGGCAAGAGCCAUUAAUGAGGGUGCUUCUAGGGACGAGAUUUAUCAUAUAAAAAUGAAACGGUUUGACGGCAAGAAUUCUCAUCCACACUUGCCAGAAAAGCAUACACCCCCUGAUAUCCCCCAGAAUAGUGAACAAUUGCCUCAUGUUUCGAUAUAUAAUGAGAAUGAUGAAGGCGUACCGAUGAUGGACAUCAGCCCAGCUGAAAAGCUACGACCCUUGAUUGAAGAGCCAUCACUCCAACAGCAAUCUAAGAAGCACUCGAUUCGGAAGGCUGUAGCCACGAAUUUAACAAGAAUCACAAAACGCUUGAAGGGCCGUGGCACUAGGACUUGA